AUGCGCCUUCCUCCGCUCGGUCCGGUCCCGGACAGGACCGUGGAGAGACGGCUUCUCGGUGAAAUUUUAGGAGGAGUUUUGGGAGGAUGUAGGCAGGCAGAGCCCUCGCCUUCUCCCUCUCCUGAUCCAUCCCCUUCCCCAACUCCGGACCCGACCCCGGACCCUACUCCGGACCCGUCUCCCACGCCGGACCCCCCCAAGGCAUCACCUACUCAACCGCCCGCCAACAACGACCCCCCUUCGCAGGAUCCUCCCGCCCAGGCACAGCCCACGCCUAACCCAAACCCACCGACAGGUGAGACCGGCUCUGGCGAUGGGAACGGUAACGGUUCAGGCUCUGGGUCUGGCUCCGGUUCAGGUUCGGGUAGUGGCAACGGCUCUGGGCAAGGCUCAGGCAGUGGCUCCGGUACUGGUUCGGGUUCGGGUAGUGGUUCUGGCACCGGCAAUGGCAAUAACGGGCCCGGAUCUGGAACCGGCUCCGGCUCCGGCUCCAACACCGGUUCAGGCUCAGGUUCCGGAUCUAAUCAAGGGAGUGGCUCAGGAGGCUCGACCGGGGGUAGUGAUGGGACGGGUAGCCAUCACGACUCUCCUGGUGGAAAUGGAAACCCUGGGUCAGGCAGUGGGCAUGGGUCGGGCUCGGGCUCGGGCAACGGGAGCACCCCGCCGCCCGGCGACAACCAGAACAACAACGGGCCUGUUGUGAAGCCGCCUACCCCUGACAAUAACGGCCAUACCAACACCAAUGGCCCAGCCCCCACCCCUACCACGCCUGUGUCCCACUACAGCCCUGGAGAUGCGACAUCUACCGGCCCUGCUGUCGUUCAAAGUUCCGAUGCGGCCGCGCCUAUCAACGGCAACGGUUUCACGAAGACCGAUUUCGGUGACUUGGCGGCGGGCUCCGGUGCUUACGGGCACAACGACAACGAGAACGGGAACUCGAACCCCCCCGGUGGGAUCGGUGGAAAUGACGGGUCCAACGGGAGCUCACAGCCCAGCUCGUUACCGGGCGUCGUGGCCGGUGUUGUUUCCGUCAUUGUGUUAUUCCUGGUCUUGCUCGCGCUCCUGGUGUACACCAACCGUCGCAGACCCCGUGUACACGCUUUCCUCGUCAAGUACACUCCCUUCAAGGUCACGCCUUACUCGGAUCUUCAACGGAAGCGGUCUUCUCUGGGCGCCGACCUGCUGUUCACUGAUGGCUCACACGGCGAUGCGCUGAUGACCGAGAAUCGCGGUGGUGCAGGCUAUGGCACCAUGGUCCCGCCCGUGACGCAGCCGAGCCGAGCUGCCGCUCGCCCAGAACGUUUCGAUGGUCCUCCUCAGAUCACUACCACCAUCGUUAGCGGACGGCCGCAGAGCCCCACCAACCCGUUUGACGUCUCGCCUAUGUCUCCCGACUUCCCGCAGUCCCCACCCCCCGUGAUUCCUGCCCGUCGUACCAGCCAAGACUCUGUGGGUGGCAUUAGCAUUGCGAGCAGCGGUGUGUUUUCACCAUCCCUGCUUUCCUGGCCGGUUCCGCCGUCUGAGAGCACCAGCACCGGCCCGUCGCCCCCACCAACCUCCCACGAGCACCUCGCCAACCUUGCGGACCUCCAAGCAAAAUACAAGCCGUUGACGCCUACGACGAAGCCGGUCACCCCUGUCAGCCCUGUGGGAUCGAUGUUCCCAGUCAUGCCGGUCUCGCCACCCACGCCUGUGAACCGAUCAAACUGGACCAAGCCGCCGGGCUGGGAUUAA